CUGUCCUACUUCAACACUAGGUUCAACUUCCCCACUCUAUCCCCUUCUAUUGCGGGGCAUGGCAAGAAAGUGAAAGCACAGAGAGAGAGAGAGAGAGAGGAGGAGGAGGGAGGGAGAGAAUGGCUGUGCAAAAGGCAAUGUUGAAUUCAACAAGCAAAGGCAUUGAGAAGAAAUGGGUGUGCAUUUUGCUUGUGCUGGCGUCUGCCUCGGCUGCUUCAUCUCAGUACAUUGUGGAGACACUCCCCGGGUUUUCUGGAACACUACCUUUCACGCUGGAAACCGGGUACAUAACCGUUGGCGACGUUGAGUUCUUCUACUACUUCGUGCAGUCUACCGGGAAUCCUGGAGUCGAUCCUCUUCUGCUUUACAUGAAUGGAGGUCCUGGGUGUUCGGGUUUGAAUGCCUUCUUGUUCCAGCUUGGUCCACUUAAAUUCAAUAUUACUGAUUAUACUGGGGGUUUGCCGACGUUAAUUUACGAGCCAGAUGCGUGGACUAAGACAGCCAACAUUAUAUUCAUAGAUGCACCAGUUGGCGCGGGUUUCUCCUAUGCAACGACGGCAUCGGCAUACGAUUCGACAGACACAUCCAAUACUGCACAGAUGCAGGCCUUCUUAAGAAAUUGGUUGGCAGAACAUCCGAGUUUCCAAACCAAUCCAGUGUUUGUUGGUAGCGAUUCUUAUGCCGGUGUAUAUACUCCCAUGCUUGCUACAGCGAUUCUACAAGGGAAUGAAGCUGGAUUUGAACCAUAUGUCCACCUUAAGGGGAUGAUAUUAUCAUGUCCCCACACGUUCACCGAUCUUGAAACGAACUCAAAAAUUCCAUUUGCUCAUAGGUUGGCCCUCGUCUCAGAUGCACUUUAUGAGUCUUUAGAAGAAAAUUGCGGUGGGAAUUUUGUGGAUUCAACGAACACGACCUGCACAGAGGAUCUGGCAGCGUACGAUGAGCUAAUCGAAUUGAUCAGCAAGCAAAAUGUUCUUGAACCUGAUUGUGCUUUCCUCUCACCAAAAUCGAAUAAAGCUUUCAAAUCAGCAAUAUCAAACCAAGAGAAGCACAGGAGGUCCAUCCAAGAGUUCACCAAGGAUUAUCUUGUGUCACUGCCGAGACCUCGCGAUCUUUGGUGCAAGAAUUUCGACUAUCUACUUGUCGAUAUAUGGGGUAAUUAUCCAGGCGUACAAGAUGCUCUUGGUGUUCGACAAGGAACCGUCAGCGAAUUUUUCAGGUGUAACAUUUCCUUAUCCUACACCGUAGAUGUCGACAAUGUGCUUGAUUAUCAUAAGAAUCUCACCAGUCUGGGCAUGCAAGUUCUAGUUUUCAGUGGUGAUCAUGACAUGGUUAUUCCACAUAACGGUAUUGAAACCUGGAUAAAGUGGCUUGAUUUGACGACGGAUGUAGAUUGGAGACCAUGGUUUGUAGAUGGCCAAGUUGCAGGGUACACGGAGAAGUAUACAGAUGGCGGAUAUCGAUUGACUUAUGCGACAAUUAAGGGAUCGGGCCACUCGCCUCCAGAGUACAAACGCAGAGAAUGUUACAAGAUGUUUGAGAGAUGGAUUCAUUACUAUCCUUUGUAGAUCCACACGUUUAAGAGUGUGUGCUAGGAUAAAUUCAGUCGCUAAAUUAUGAAAAAGUGUAUUCACGAGUCAUUUAGCCUCGUUGUGAUUGAUGUAAUCGGAAGAACAUCCAUUGAGUUACCAAAAUAAGCGACAUAUAUUAGGCCAGGUUUGGAAGGUCCAUUGAGCAACGGUUACUACCUUUCAA